AUGUCGCUGCUGCAGAGCUCCAAGAAAAAAGACAAGCGUAUUUUGUCUGGUACCUGCCCAGACCCGAAAUGUCAGGCGAGGCUAUUCUUCCCCGCUUACGGCUCCAUUAGCAUCGAGUGCACGGAGUGUGGUCAACGCCACGAACAGAAGAACCUGUUAAAUGUCGAAGAAGUGACUGACCCAGAUGUUGUGCUCCACAAUCUGCUCAGAAACGCCCUGCUCGGCGUCACCGGGGCCCCGAAGAAAGGCACGGAGCUGGUGAAAGUAAUGGGGCUGUCUAAUUACCACUGCAAGCUGCUGUCCCCGGUCCUCACCAGGUACGGCAUGGAUAAACAAACCGGCAAAGCCAAGCUGCUGAGCGAAAUGAACCAAGGUGAGAUGUUUGACUGCUCGCUCCUGGGAGACAGAGCUUUCCUGAUUGAGCCGGACCAUGUGUCCACCAUGGGCUACGGCAAGGACAGGUCCGGGAGCCUCAUAUACCUCCAUGACACUCUGGAGGAGGUCAAGAAAGCCAACACCAACAGGGAAUGUCUGAUCCCGGUCCAUGUAGAUGGAGACGGGCACUGCCUGGUCCAUGCUGUGUCCAGAGCGCUGGUGGGCAGAGAACUGUUCUGGCACGCCCUGAGAGAAAACCUGAAACAGAACUUCAAGCAGAACCUGGACUGCUAUAAGGCCCUCUUUCAGGAUUUUAUUGAUGCUGCUGAGUGGGAGGACAUCAUCAAUGAGUGUGACCCCCUGUUCAUCCCACCUGAAGGCGUGCCUCUUGGACUACGCAACAUCCACAUAUUUGGUCUAGCCAACGUCCUCCACCGACCCAUAAUCCUGCUGGACUCCUUGAGUGGAAUGAGGAGCUCUGGGGAUUAUUCGGCCACCUUCCUGCCCGGGCUGGUGGCCGAGGAGCAGUGCAGGGGGAAAGACGGGAAGCUCAACAAACCCAUCUGUAUCGCCUGGAGCAGCUCGGGCAGGAACCACUACAUCCCUCUGGUGGGAAUCAAGAACACUGUGCUGCCCAAACUGCCUGCGCGCCUGCUGCCGAAGGCUUGGGGCGUCCCUCAGGAGCUCAUCAAGAAGUACAUCAAGCUGGAGCCAGACGGGAGCUGUGUGAUUGGCGGUGACCGCAGCCUGCAGGAUAAAUAUCUGAUGCGGCUGGUAAACGCCAUGGAGGAGGUGUUCAUGGAGAAGCACAACAUCCACCCAUCGCUGGUGGCUGAUGUGCACCAGUACGUCUACAGGCGCACCGGGGUUAUUGGCAUCCAGCCUGAAGAGGUGACCGAGGCAGCUAAGAAGUCGGUGAUGGAGAACCGGCUGCACCGCUGCCUGAUCUGUGGCGCCCUCUCUGAGCUCCAUGUCCUGCCGGAGUGGCUGGUUCCUGGUGGGAAGCUCUACAACUUGGCCAAAUCCACUCAUGGCCAGCUGCGGCCGGACAAGAACUACAGCUUCCCCCUCAACAAUGUGGUCUGUUCCUAUGACCCCCAGAGAGACGUCCUCGUCCCAGAUUAUAAACUGAGCUCCCUCAACACCUGCAACUGGUGUCAUGGCACAUCGGUCCGCCACAUCCGGGGCAACGGGUCAGUGGUUUACCUGGAUGGAGACCGAACCAACACCCGGUCCCAGGGUGGGAAGUGUGGGUGCGGCUUCAAACAUUUCUGGGAGGGGAAGGAGUACGACAACCUCCCUGAGGCCUUCCCCAUCACGUUGGAGUGGGGGGGUCGGGUGGUGAGAGAGACGGUGUACUGGUUCCAGUAUGAGACUGACCCUGCUUUGAACAGCAAUGUGUAUGAUGUGGCCAUGAAGCUGGUCACCAAGCACUUCCCGGGGGAGUUUGGCAGCGAGAUCCUGGUGCAGAAAGUAGUCAACACCAUCCUGCAUCACACCGCCAAGAAGAACCCAGACGAAUACAACCCAGUGUCCAUCGACGGGGCUCAUGUCCAGCGUCUCACCGACACUGCGGAGACUCAACCGGCGGUGGAUCCCCAGCCGCCCACUAAGAUCAUCUUGACUGGUCAGAAAGCAAAGACGCUCCACAAAGAGGAGCUGACGAUGAGCCGAGCGGAGCGCAGCAUCCAGCAGAGCAUCAGCGAGCAGGCCCUCGUCACGCAGAAGCGACGGACUGACAAGCUAAAGCAGGAGCAGAAGGGCCACGGCCGGACGUCUUCCCCCCGUGGGUCUCCAGAAAUCUCCUCCUCCUCUUCAGCUCCAGCCACGCCCACCAAAUCCUCCUCCCCCUCCUCAUCCAAUAAGGAGAAGAAGAUCCGUGUGACCACCAGUGAUGGCAGGCAGGCCAUGCUGACCCUGCAGGCCCACACCACCUUCUCAGAGCUGCAGAGGAGCAUCGCCAACCAGUUUGGCGUGCCACCGGCGCAGCAGUGUAUCCGCUACGGCUUCCCGCCCAAAGAGCUGCUCCCCCCAAAGGAUGGCGAGGAGAAUGAGCCAGUGGCCCUGCAGCACGGCGACAGGGUGACGGUGGAGAUACUGAGGGGCCCUGAGGACAAGAGCCCCGCGGCCUCCAUACCCAGAGCCUCCAGCUCACACUCCGCCCUGCACUUGGGGAAGAGCGAGGAUGCCGUGACGUCCGGCAGGAGCAGCCGUGAACUCCAGGACAGCAUCGACCUUGAGAUGUCCUCCCUCUGUCUCCUAGCUACCCUGAUGGGCGAGGACGUUUGGUCAUAUGCAAAGAAGCUGCCGCACUUAUUCCAGCAGGGUGGAGUCUUCUACAACAUCGUCAAGAAGGACAUGGGCCUGAUGGACGGGAAGCACUGCACGCUGCCUCACCUGACGGGGAAAACGUUUGUUUAUAACGCAGCAGAGGAGCGCCUGGAGCUCUGCGUAGACGCUGCUGGUCAUUUCCCCGUCGGCCCUGAUGUGGAGGAGCUGGUGAAAGAGGCGCUGGUCCAGCUGCGCUCUGAGGCGGCCACCAGGGGCAGCAGAGAGGGGAGUCCAUCCCACGGCGUGCUGCGACUUGGCAGUGGCGGCGUUGUCCGUAAGAAGGAGCAGCUGCAGAGCGUCACUGCCUUCCAGGGUAAGGGCCACUCUCUGGGCAGCGCCGGGGCCUCCUCCCCUCCAGAGCACCGGCCCAUCACGCGCCAGCACAGCAGUGGUGUGGACCUGAGCGCCAGCGUGUCCCGAGGCCCCCCAGACCUGUCAGACAUCCCUGAGGACACCACCAGGGAGCUGGUUCGCAUGGCUCCAGGCUUCGUCACCAUGAAGGACGGGCGUGGUCUGGACCCCAGCCUGAUGGAGCAGCAGCGGAAGAAGCUGCAGGAGAUGGUCUCCUCCAUCCAGGCUUCCAUGGAGCGCCACCUGAGAGAGCAGCAGAGCGCCGGCGCAGGGGACGAGGCCAGACAAGAGCGGACUGGCGGGACGAGGACGGGCGCAGGCCAACCAGCAUCUACAGUCGACCACGAACCUCCAGCGGCAGCAGGUGCGACGAUGGCGAGCAAACCAGACGGGAAGGCGGAGGAGCCAGAGGAGAUGGAGAGUCAGGACGCCGGGCAGAGCAACGCCACCGAACCCAUGGAUCACUCCUGAUCACUCCUGAACCCCAGCACCGCCCCGCCCCCGCCCCGCCUCGCCGGCAUCUUUGGGUCAUAACGCCUCAGGUCGGAUCCUAAAGCUUUGGUCUUCAUCGUGUUUUGUUGUCUGUUCUGCAUGACUAAAGAGCGAGCCGACCGUCCUCACCUCUCUGCAGACUCGCGGUGGGACAGUAAUCCAUGAGGCGAUAUAUUGAGACGCGCUGCUUGCGAUACAUCAUCACGACAUUAUCACACCUCUGCUGCAGUGCUGAGGCUGCUGUGUGUGUGUGUGUGUGUGUGUGUGUGUGUGUGUUUAUACUCUAUGCACUUUGGUACACACUCUCUCAUCUCAGCUGCCACACCUGAAACUUCACAAUGCAGUAAAUAAUAAACAAACACAACACGAUUCAUUUCUGCUUUUGAGAGAAAUUAUUUUGCCUUUCUUAGAUAAGUUCUUCUCAGCUGAUGAUGUAUCGUAACUGACCGUCUUGCAUUGUAUCGCAGAGCGGCGUGCGUGGUGACAGGAUUGUAUCUUUAGCCCUGUGAUUCCCACCUGCAGACCGUUUAAUCCUCUCGCUACAAACACGCACACCGAGAUCGGAGGCCAAAACACCGCUCGGAUUCACGCGUGAGACGCAUUCCUGUAGAUAGAAGAAUCCUCUGAGUCUUAAUCUGCCACCAGGAGGAGAGCUGCCGGUCGCCGGCAGCAUAAUGUCCUGCAAACAUGCUUCCGUUUAAGUGCACGCUCUGAGAAAGGUGCACCAGCCUCUGUACGCAUCAACGCCUUCAUCGCCGAAAUCUGCUUUUCCACCGUCCGUCCGUCUGUCUGUCUGAGGACCACGGGGAGAACUUUGGAUCUGUGUUUGCUUGACUGCCUGACUUGACCUGAAAUUAUUAUUUUUUCCUCCCCAACGGUCACCACAUAAAAUUUUCGUUUCCCGAAUAGUGAUUGAUGUGAAGCGCCUGAAUGCAGCUUCAGACCAACCAGUGCCACCUGCAGGUGAGGAGUGUUCUCAGUAUUUUUUGCAUUUUAAACCUUUAAAAUGUUAGUUGUGUUUAUUCCUUAAGACAGUGCAACAUCACAAGUCUGCUGUCCGCACACUGUGGCAGAUAUCAUCGUCUGUUGGCCGAGAAAAAUGUCAAAUACAUUAACAUCAUUUUCCUCUUACCUGUAAUGAUACUUAUCAGUCUAGAUUGUUCUGAUGUGAGGUGUCGAAUGAUUGCGAUAUCAGCUGUAGAGACAGCACUCAACAACUCACACCAAAACUAUCUAUACUGAUAAAUAGCACACCAGAUAACUGGAAGAAUGCAUAUUUUUGGUUUUGGGGGUGAACAGUCCCUUUAAGAAGAUCAUAUUAGUUGGGCUCCGUUGGCAAACAAAUACCAAAAAGAACUUAAACUGUACAUUGAUUCUGAAUAAUUGAACUGUCAGGUUCGCUGUGAUUAAAUUCCUCCUCGUCUUGAAUGUUCACUUGUACAACAGUUCACUCUGGACAGGUGACAGAUAAUUAUAUUAUUAAAGACAUCUGAUGGUCAAGUGCCUGAAAAAGCGUCACGUGCCAUGAACACGUUAAAUAAAUGAUAAAUCUCCAGAAGCAGCCAUAAGCUGUUUCACUUUGAGUAUUUAAUAUCAACUGGAGGUCAGUGUGGCAGAGUGAUGUCACGCAGUUUGUAUAAAAAACAAACACACACACACACAAAGAAAACUUAAAGUUUUAAAAACUGCAACAGUAACACUUGUUUCCUGCAGAUGGCACAAUUUAAAAAUCAUUCUCCAGAACAGUCCUGCUGUUCCACCUGGUUUUCUGUCUGCAAAACUGAAACUUUGAAAUACAAGUAUGUGAGCACAACCUUGGCUGUGGACUUUAAAAGCUACAACAAAGCUGUGUUUGUUGGAACGCCAACAAAAUAAUUUGUGAAUGGUAUACUGUGCAGGAUUGUAAUUUAGUGUUAAAGUCAAAAGUAAAAGCCAACCCCAUAUUCACUCCGGUGUGAUGUUUUGCCACACUAUUUUUGUUCGGCGCUGUGUCUCUUGGAUGCCUGCUGCUUACAGUCUGGCCCCUGAUCGCUAAGUUUUUAUAAACUGGUUUAUAGCAGAUCCUAAAAAAAUCUUAAGAGGCAUUGAAUUAAUUAAUGUAAAAAAAUAGGCCUCAAUUGGAAUUAAAAUGUGUUGAAUGAAUCUUUCAAAAGUUAAAAUGCCAAGACAUGAGAAGUAUGACUUUAUCAAGCGUUUAUGUUCUGCUGUUUCAAACGCAGAUCAGGAAAGUGAAAUCAACAACAUGAAGAUCCAUUGUCUGCUAGCUAUCUGACACUGACAGCUAUCUGCUGUCACUGUACCCUGCACGACACAGGGAAGUGGAAAUUCAACGAAAUUGGCUCUUUAACACAGAGAACAUGGCUGAAACGAGGCUCGUGUAUUUGAUCCUACAAGUUUUCCAAACUCAGCAUGACUCCCACAUGCAGAGUGAGAAACAUAAAACCACCAAAAAACCGUUCUGUUCUACCAUUGUCUCUGCAACAAGACAAAAACAUGUCUCCUUCAGUUUUGGCUACUGUAAAAUUGUCUUAAAUGUAAUUCCAACAGGCAUUAUAAAGUCUUACAGAUUAUUUAAUCUAACUUGCCUUGACCUUGUAUAAAGCAGCGACCUCCCCUGAGCACAGCAGGGGUAAAUGCCCAUAAACAUCCCCAACACAAAAAAUAAGUAAGGAUUACUUCUGUAUGAAUCUAUAUGUUGUUUGUUUAGAAAAAUCCUGCAUAGUAUUCCUUUAAAUUUACUUUGUAACAUGGAGAGAAACCUUUAGCUUUGUUUCAGAUUUUAAGGAGCUGUGUAAAGGUGUGGCAGGUGUGUUGAACUGGUCUGAGAACCAGUGAACAGCUCCCCCUUGUGGAGAAUCUAGAGUCCAGUCCAUGAGGUGCUUCAUAUCUAAGAAAACCAAAAAAAAACAAAAAAAAAAAACAAAAACGGGUGAAUGGGUAAAAAAAUCAGUCAUUACGCUCUUGGCUUUUUAAAUACGUUUCCUAAGUCAAGAAAAUCUAAAUAUUUAUUUACUUUUUUCCAGAAAUUUCAUCUAAUUUGAUCUUAAAUGUUAAGUUGCUAAAAGCAGGUUAAAGUUGGCCAGUGAAAAGUCAGAGAAAGAUUAAUGAAGAACAAGUUUUCUUUGCUCUGAAGCUGCGGUCACAUUACUCCAUUCAACAAAACUGCGCUGAGAAAAGGACAUGAUGACCACAAACUGUCUGUCGGUGUGACACUGUUCGAAACAUGCUGCUAGUAUGGAGACAGACUUGUGUCAGUAUUAUUUGUGUUCAGAUCUGUGACAAUCCAUGUGUAAAUAUGUGUCCUAUAAAUAUAAAACACCUUCUACGGAAACAAAUACACUCAAAAAUAUUUGCAAAUAUAAAACUGCCCUACAAAUAUACAUACACUGCAUAUACCCACAGGCAUUUGUGAAUCCAGUUUUUAUUUUGGAAUAAAAAAAAACAACAAUUCUGCACUUGCAGAUUUGCAUUUUACACAGUUUUGAGACAAAUGUUUCACCAGUCUGAACGAAAUCCACUCGUAUCACUCAUAUUCAGAUAGCACGUGAUCACCUGCAAGGCUUUUCAUUUAUUUUUAGAUUAAUUUAAUAUAAUGACAGAUUUUUUGUUGAGGACUUUGUGUAGAGGCAGAUCCAUUUUACAUUUGCACAGUGUUUUGUUAGUGUACAGUUUGUUUUGCAUUUGUAGAGAGACUUAAAUAUUUACAGAUUUAUGGUGAUAGAUUCAUGUCAGUAUAAUUUUGUGAACAAAUAGACAAUCUGUAAAUUUGUAAUCUGUAAAUAUUUAAUCACCUUUUACAAAAACAAAUACAAAAAAAGUUUUGUUAACUAAAAACGGAUCUGCAUGUACAUGAACGAACCCAACAAUUAAAAAAAAAAAAAAAAAUCU